AUGGAGGACAACACGAAGAUGGAGAAACUGCAACUGCGGCGUUCAGCUAUCGAAGGACGUCUAGGCUACAUCACUUCUCGAGUCCAAGCAAUGCAAAUUGCAACGGCUUGUGUGGAAGAUCUAGACGUAGAACUGGAUAGCCUACGAGAGCUCUGGCAGGACUUCAGGACAGUUCACGACAAAAUUCUCGAACAUUGCGUGGACGAAGAAUUAGAAGAACAUCUGGAAUACGAAAGGUCGAUCGAGACAAGCUACAACCGGACGAGAGCAACACUUCUCCAGUUCAAGCGUCUGAUCAACAACCGAAACGAAGCGUCUACGGCUACAUCGAACACCAAUACAUCAUCUCAAGAAUCAUCGAUAACUCCCGUGGUUCCCGAAUUGCAACUACCAAAGGGCAUUCUACCCAUCUUUUCGGGCGACUAUGGCGAAUGGACAUCGUUCUUUGAUCUCUUCAAGAGUUCUGUUGACCAAAACACGCGGCUCACAAAGGCACAGAAGUUGGUGAAUCUGAAGACGUACACUUCCGGGCGAGCAGCCGCUCUCUUGAGACACAUCAAAAUUGAAGACCGCAACUACGAAGGAGCAUUGGAGGUUUUGAAAAGGCGUUUCGAUCGGCAAGAUCAAAUUAUAAGUCAUCACAUUCAACGAUUCCUCGAUAUUCCUUCUUUCACCGUUGUUUCUGCAAGCAACCUGGCACGCUUGCACGAUACAGCAGACGACGUCAGACGUGCUCUUCAAGCCAUACAACGAGAGGAUCGGGACUGCUGGUUGGUGCACUUGCUACAAGCGAAGCUGGACAUUGACACCCGUCACCAGUGGCACACUCGAGCGACCAUGAUGGAAACUAUUCCGACGCUGACGGCUUUCCUAGAAUUCGUGGAACAACGAGUUUAUACGCUGGAAACCUCUCGUGGCUCAUCAUCUCAACCUGCAAAUCGGUCAGCAUCACGAACCUCACCUCGCAGUACCAGCCUUGCUGCGACGAACAGGGUGGCGAAACCCAUUUGUGCAGUUUGCGGCGAGGGUCAACAUAGACUUUUCUGCUGCAGACGAUUCAACAACUUAUCCGUGGCCGAUCGCAUUGAUUGGGUUAAACGUCUUGGUCGAUGUGAGAACUGCCUUCGUGAAGGUCACGGGACUACCGGCUGCUCAUACGGUACGUGUAAGCAGUGCAAUCAGCGGCAUCAUACACUCCUCCAUGAGGACCGAAGACAUACACCAGCACAAAUUCCCGGUGAAGUGAGGAACCAUCUAUCGUACAACGACGCAUUCUGUUCUGUAUUCCUCGCAACCGCUAUCGUGAAUGUGCUGGAUGCUUCAGGAAAUCUCUGUCCAGCCAGGGCUCUACUGGAUUCCGGUUCACAAGCGUGCUUCAUAACCACCGACUUGUCCAAGAAGUUGGGCCUGGACAGACGUCACAUCAAUCUACCACUUAGGGGAAUCUCUGGACUAGCGACCAGAAUCCACGAAGCCGUAUCGGUGACAAUCCAGUCACGUAAUUCCGACUUCCGGCAGCAGACGGAGUGUGCUAUCCUCGACAAAAUCUCCGAACCUAUCCCACAUCAAGCGGUGAACAUCACUCAAUGGGGUAGUCUAGCAGAUCUCGCGCUUGCGGACGAGCUAUUCCACAUUCCUGGUAACAUCGACCUACUCAUUGGUGCCAGCAUGUAUUACCACCUGCUUGAACCGGAACGGAUUUCACUGGGACCAUCACAACCAAUCCUGCAAAGAACCAAACUAGGCUGGAUCGUAGCAGGAUUUCAUAUACCAGAGGAAAGACAAAAUCCUACCUCUUCAAACUUUUCUACACGAGUAGAAGCGCCAGAAGAACCUGUAAAUCUUAAUCAGCUAGUCGCCAAAUUCUGGGAGCUGGAGGAUUUCAAGCCGACCACACGCUUGACCGUCGAAGAGCAGUUGUGUGAAGAUCACUUCCAAGCACAUACUACGCGAGACUCAAGUGGACGCUACGUGGUGAAGCUGCCAUUUCGCAAGGAUCCAUCCAACAUAGGCGACACUAGAUAUUCGGCGUUGCGACAAUAUCACGCAUUGAAAAGGAGACUGAACAACAAUCCAGAACAUAAACAGCUGUAUGAAAACUACGUCGGGGAACUCAUUGCUGCUCGACACAUCGAACCAAUGCCAGCGGGGCCGAGUCACAAGGCUACCAUAUUUUUGCCUCACCACGCAGUGUUGAAGGAAGAAAGCAGUACGACAAAGCUUCGAGUGGUAUUCAACGGGUCACUCAAGUCAUCGAACGGUUUCACCCUGAACGACUUGCUAAUGACAGGUCCAGUGGUACAAGAAAGUCUGUACAACAUCCUGCUGAACUUCCGUCUACAUCGAAUUGCACUUAUUGGAGAUAUCGAGAAAAUGUAUCUCCAAGUUCGUGUAACAGAAGAGGACUCUCAGCUCAUCCGGAUGCUGUGGCAAGAACCAGGUCGCCCUAUGACAGAGUUCGGGAUGCGAACGGUAAUUUUCGGCUUGUCUUGCGCACCGUUCUUGGCAACUAGAGCAUUGAAACAACUUGCGGUGGACGACGGCGACUCGUUUCCACUGGCCAAGAAGGGAAUCAGCGAUUUUUACGUCGAUGAUCUUCUGUCUGGUGCAUCCUCUGUCCGAGAAGCUAUCGAGACGCGCAGACAGAUGACACAUUUGUUGAGACGAGGUGGUUUUACUAUGCGAAAAUGGGCGACAAAUGAUCCGGCAGUACUCAAAGACAUCCCGGUUGCAGAACGAGCUUCGUUGUCUACGCAUCACUUCGCCCCAGAAGCAUCGCUGAAGACUCUUGGAGUGAGAUGGCACGUCAGCGAAGAUCUAUUUUCUUUCUCCGUAAACUGCAACGCAACUCAAACACACUACAUGAAACGUGAAGUGCUGUCGACUAUCGCGAAAAUAUUCGACCCGCUAGGUCUGAUUGGACCUAUUGUAAUCGUUGCCAAAACCUUCAUGCAGGAGCUCUGGAAACUCGACAUCGACUGGUCGGAUCCAUUACCAGAACUAUACAAUGUCCGUUGGCGUUCUUACCUGGCACAUCUGCAAGAGACAUGGCACAUUAAAAUCCCUCGUCGCUGCCUAUCCAUCGAUUUUCUACGGCGGGUGUACCUUCAUGGAUACUGCGACGCAUCGGAGACAGCAUAUGGUGCAGUGUUAUACCUGAGAGCCGUGGACGAAGUGGGCAACGUCAGCUCGCGCCUGCUUUGCUCCAAAUCAAAGGUGACACCUAUCAAUCGCCCAACAAUACCGAGGUUAGAACUCUGCGCAGCUACGCUACUAGCACGACUCAUCAAAACGGUAAAGUCAACGUUACGAAUGACCAUCCAUCAGACGACAGCCUGGAGUGACUCCAUGACAACUUUAGCGUGGAUAGCAGGAGACCUAGCCAGAUGGAAGACAUUUGUGGCCAACCGCGUAGCAGAGAUCAACUCGACAUUAUCCGCAGUGAACUGGAGACACAUUCCCACGGAUGAAAAUCCGGCCGAUCUACUGAGCCGUGGGGCCACCCCUAUGUCACUAGCGAGCACUCCUUUAUGGUGGAGUGGUCCUACUUGGAGGCCCGAGGACACAUUCGAACUCCAGCCAGACAAUCUGCCCUCAACAGUGCAGCGCCUCAUCGACAAGGAAAGGAGACAGUCAGCAGUGACUUCAACGCACGUCAUCGAGUUCAAUUCAUUGCUAGACGGAAUGCUCAGCCGGUACUCUUCCUACAUACGGCUGAUACGAGUAACUACCUGGAUUCUUCGCUUCGGCACCAACUGCCAACGAAACCGAACAGACAGGAGAAUCGGGCCACUGCAGCCAACUGAAUUGCACACAGCGCGAGAUAUACUUGUUCGCCAUGUCCAGCAUCAAUACUAUCCAGGCGAAAUUGCAGCAUUAACAGCUGGAAAAGCACUUCCAAAUAGCAGCAAACUAUGGCCGCUAACUCCAUUCCUAGAUGACAGCCUUCUCAGGGUGGGCGGCAGGCUGGCACGGUCAAACAUCAAUUACGACUGUAAGCAUCCAAUACUUUUGCCAGCAAAAAGUACUUUGACCGAACUGAUCCUGCGGCACGAACAUCUCAGCAAUCACCAUCUUGGACCGGAAGCACUGUUAGCAAGCAUUCGAAGGUGCUUUUGGAUUCCACAAGGACGAAGAGCAGCACGGAAUGUUGUAUGGAAAUGCAUUCCUUCUUUCAAGGCUAAUCCUAAUCGGGGAAUGCUGGAACAAAUAAUGGGUCAGCUCCCACCACAACGUCUGGAAGCUGCCCCGCCAUUCUACAUAUGCGGAUUGGACUACGGUGGACCCAUCACACUGAUUCAGAGACGUGGACCUGGCUCACCAACAACCAAAGGCUACAUCUGCGUUUUUGUAUGCUUUACGACGCGAGCAGUCCACUUAGAAGCUGUAAGCAGCUUAUCUACAAGAGCUUUCUUGGCUGCGCUUCGGCGAUUCAUCGCUCGCAGAGGUCACAUCCACAGUGACAACGGAACAAACUUUGUGGGUGCUGCGAGAGAAAUUCGAGAAUGGUACAAAAGAAGAGCUUCGGACGAACACAACACUCAGGUCGCCAAUUAUCUAUCGAUGGGUGGUACGCAAUGGCAUUUCAACGCGCCAGCAUCGCCACACAUGGGUGGUCUUUGGGAGGCAGCGAUAAAAUCAGCGAAACGACACCUAAAAAUCAUUACCGGUAACGCAAAACUAACGUUCGAAGAAUUCAGCACAUUGUUAGCGGACAUCGAAGCCAUUUUAAACUCACGUCCCAUAUCACCAGCAUCGAGCGAUCCAAAUGACCUGCAACCAUUGACGCCCGCACACUUCAUCAUUGGACGACCACUCACAGCACCCAAUCAUAGCGAGUACAUCCCAACAGCCGAUAAAAGCUACGAAGUACGCUACAAAUAUUUGCAUGAGCUACGGAAACACUUUUGGGAUCGCUGGAGUCGCGAAUACCUUCCCGAAUUGCAACGCAAAAAUAAGUGGCAUCAACCAAGUAACAAUCUGCAAAUAGGUGAUUUGGUUCUCGUUCGACGGCAGAAACUACCCACACAGCAGUGGGCACUCGGAAGAGUUCUGCAGCUGAAACACGCACCAGAUGGAAAGCCGCGACUGGUUACGCUAAAGAUGAGAGACAGCGAAAUCGUUCAAUCAGUCCACAAUCUCAGUAAGCUACCACUUCAACAGGAAAAUUGGAUUAGCUAUUUAAAUGAAUUUUUACUUACCUCAGUUUUGUCCAAGAGCUCCAAAUGGUACACAAUUACCUGA